ACUAAAGAGCAUAACUGAAGCCCGGAGCCACUGCAGAGAGCACUUCACUGACCUGGCCACUGUAGCCAGCAUGGAGGAUGUGGCACGACUGAACCAACAGGCAGGCAAUGAUGUCGACUACGCCUGGAUAGGGCUGUACAAUGAUGUGGACAGCUGGAACUGGUCCCUCUCAGACACAAGCUUCUACAAACCGGGGGAGAUGGAGUUCAGAGAAUGGAUGACAGGAAAACCAGACAACUUUAUAGAGGAAAAACUUUGUGCCUUUAUAUUGACUCCAAAUGGACUAUGGGAUGAUGAUGAUUGUAACCAAAACUAUAGUGCAGUCUGCUUUGAAGCCGCAGCAGCAUGACAUGGACUGAGGCCCAGAGCUACUGCAGAACACACCACACUGACCUGGCCAGUGUGAGAAACAUGGUAGACAACUAUGAGGUAGUCAAGGUGUUACCUGGAGGAGCAGCUUGGAUCGGCCUCUCCAGAGACACCUGGAAGUGGUCCGAUCGAAGUCACUCCUCCUUUAGGUACUGGGAACAAUAUGAACCUAACUUCAAAGAUCAUGUAGAGACUUGUGUGGCUGCAAAUUUUGGCAACUCUGGAAAAUGGAACGACUGGAAAUGUUGGUUGAAUAAAUAUUCCAUUUGCUCCCAACCUGGGCCUGUUUCAAUGCAAGUGCUAAAAGUUAGGUUGCAGAAACCCAACUCUGAUGUGGGUCUGAAUGACCAAGCUUUCCUGGACGAGAUGUUGGUGAAGAUGAAAAAGAACAUGAGAGCCCAGGGAUUGGAUGACAACAUCUAACUGACCUGGAGGAAGCAGCCGAAUGGACAAGUCUUCCAGAAGGAGAAGAAGAAGAAGAAGAGGGAUGAGUUUUAAAGUUGAAUUGCUGUGUCGGCGUUUAUCAGGGAAAAGUGUACUUUCUUUCCUCAAAGUCCUUGUGUAACAUAAUACAGCUGCAACAAUGAAAUAUUGAAUCUAUUAUUAGCGUGAUAAAAUAAGAGAUGUAAUGUUUUCUCUUGUUAUAUACAGUAUAUGUUUGAAGUUAAUAUGUUUGGGUUUCUGCUGUUGUAUCUGCUUGGCCUGCGGAAGAUAAUAACAGGCAUUUUUUGCUAUUUUGUGACUUUGUAUAUGUUUAUUUAAGAUAUCUUCAAAGGAGACGUAGACUCUACAUCUCAUUUGAAGUAGAAUUUACUGGUAAGACCAACGGGUAACAGCUAAUAAUAUCUAACUAACGUCAACUAGUCAACGAAUGUCAUGUGUGAGUAGCAUACUUAUCAAAUUAUAUUUGCAUGCAAAAUACCACUAUUAAUUUGACAAAUGAUUAUCCUAACAAAGGAAUGAGAACCUGGACAAACAAUUAAACCUAACAACAAAGAGAUAUAAACAUUAUAGUAGGCUAAACAUUUUUAACAGCAUAAGAGUUAGUAAAGUAGUGAACGGCUCACUUUUUUUCCUUCAUCAUCAUUACAUUCAGUAUUGGAGUCCAAUACUUUGAAUAGUUAUGCAUACUGCCUGAACUUGAAAAGACGCUCUUUUGAUAAACAAACACAAAACACUGAGAAGAGGUCACAUUUUUGAUACAGAAUACAUUGGUUUCUUCUUUUCAAAUGUUUCAUUUUUAAGUUGUCUUCUCUUUUCUGUUAUCUAAGUAGCCUUACUAACCCUGCCUAUAGUACAUAGAAAUAAUAAUCAUUAAUGUCUCCGGUCAUCGUAGAACUAUGGGGAUUGGUGAUCUAGAGUAACGUAAAAGGCGUGAAUAUAACUGAUACUGGAGGUCACACAACAAAU